UUCACAUGUGGUGCUCUGUUAGCCCUCUCUAUGCUUUUUCCAUUCUGUUUCCUGAAAAUCUUUUCCAAAACACUUUACUGGCCUUUAUUUUAUUAAUUACAAAAAUCCAUAUUUCUGUUUUGGUUUGUUUCCCUGCAGGCAGCAUCAUAAAAUCUUAAUCAAGUGAAAAUGGCCUUUAGCAAUCUGACAUCAAAGGCUGUACUACUGUAUGAUGAAUGGAUUAAAGAUGCUGAUCCAAGACUGGAAGGCUGGCCACUCAUGUCAUCACCUUUUCCAACAACCUUUAUCAUUGGAACCUACAUUUAUUUUGUCACUUCCUUGGGACCCAAACUCAUGGAAAAUAAAAAACCUUUUGAACUCAGGCAGAUAAUGGCAUUUUAUAAUUUUAGUGUGGUAGCCCUCUCUUUAUAUAUGACUUACGAA